GUAUAUUCUCUAGAAGUCCACUCCGGUGUAUAUUCUUUUUGAUGUGAAAUCACCGAAAUCCAGACGUUAUGGCUGCUGAUUCUGCUGUCACUAUAAUACCUAUUCUCCAGCAAAGAUGUGAUACUUUAAGAAGUAAGAUUGCAGAUUUCACCUUAGUCAAUCAAGCGUUACAGUUGAAAACCUACCAAUUGUUGAAUUUCAUUAAUCGUCAUGAAGAUUACUCCGGUUUAAUUACAAAAGAAUACGAUGAAGUCUCUAAUGAUAUCAAUAUUGUCCAAUCAGCUAUUGAUAAGUAUACGUGUGAAUUAGAAGAUUGGAAAGCUAAACUGGAUCAAUAUAUGAUGAUGGUGACAACAAUGAUGUUGAACAAUAAUAAUAAUAAUAGUGGAAACAAUACUACUAAUAUUACUAAUAGUAGUAACACUAAUGAAGAUAAUACAAAUCUUACAUCAUUACUAAACAAAGUCAUGCUGAAUGGUUCACUAUUAUCAUCAUCAUCUCAACCGUCUUCUUGUCUACAACUCCUCACCGGAACAUCACCAUCAUCAUUACUGACGAAUUCAAUGAUCCAAGUGGACAACAGUACUGGACAAGCCUCGUCAUCAACAACAAGGCCACCGAUCACCAAAUUACGCUUACGUGCAAAUCUACCGAAUAGUCAGUUUACACUAGUCGAGAUAAAAUCUGGUCAACAGAUUAAGCAUGCUUUAGAAAAGAAGUUAUCACAUCGUGGCUUGCACUUAGAACAGUUAAUUGUUUAUCGAGCACGUACAGGUCUACCCGUUUCAUGGGAAGAUGAUGCUGAACAAAUUGCACUGAUCGGUGAAGAAUUGAUAGUGGAUUUCGCAAGACGAAAUGUUAAACGAUUAGAGCAUCAUUUUCAAAGGAAGACAUUUUUUGAAAAAGCCUAUUGUAAUCUAUGCCAUAAAUCAAUAUUCCAUGGUGCUAUAUGUAAAACAUGUGGAUGUGCCUAUCAUAACCGAUGCCUUCCACGUGUUGAUAAGAAUUGUCUAUCCACCUUGGAUGAUGAUGUCUUCUUUGCCGGUGAUCAACAAAGCAGUCGAAAUUCUUCUAUUCAUGGAUCGAAUUGGUUAAUGCCUACAAGUGCUACAACACCUGGUUAUAAUAAUAAUAAUCAUAAUCAUAAUAAUAAUAACAGUCCACGUUUUCAUCAUUUUAAUCCUGAUGAUAUAACAACUGUACGUGUAUUAACUAGUUCAACUGGUGGUGGCGUUAGCGGAAUCGGUGGUAUGGAUACCGGGCAAUACUUUCCAGCAUCAUCAUUAACUGCAUCAUCCACUGGUGGUGGUGGUGGUGGCGGUGGUGGGCAUUUCCCUCGUCAAUGUUUAACUCUCACCUGUAGAGAACGUUCCUCGUCUACACCGAAUGUAUCAAAUAAUCUAAUUCCACCGAAUCAACAACAACAACAACAACAAAGAAAUAUGUUUACGCCUAGUUCACUUGGAAAGCGAGAAGCGAACAAGAUUAUUCAAGGAUCCCCGUUGCAUAUCGUAUAUCCGGUUGCAAGUAAUCAUAACAAUUGUACAACUGGUCUGCCAGAUAGUCCAUCAGUUGUUAGUGAUGGUUAUUUUAUGUCAAAUCUAGGAUUAUCACAUAAUCAAAGAUCUGGGAGUGAUCCAAAGCAGUCUGUGAAAGCGAGAAACAGACGUAGUUCAAAUGAUGAAUGGGAAAUCAAUGGACAAGAGAUAACUAAAGGUCCACGUAUUGGUUCAGGAUCCUUUGGAACUGUAUUCAAAGGCUAUUGGCACGGGAAUGUGGCUAUCAAAGAAUUGAAUGUUGUCGAUCCUACACCGCAACAGCUAAAAGCUUUCAAAAAUGAAGUCAGUGUAUUAAGAAAAACUCGUCAUGAAAAUAUUCUCUUAUUUAUGGGUUGUGUAUCAAAACCAUGCUUAGCUAUUAUAACACAAUGGUGUGAAGGUUCCAGUCUGUAUAAACACUUGCAUGUCUUAGAGCAUCGUUUCGAUAUCUCAGAAUUAGUGGAUAUUGCUAGACAAACAUCACAAGGAAUGGAUUAUUUACACGCUAAGAAUAUAAUCCAUCGUGAUUUAAAGUCGAGUAAUAUUUUCUUACAUGAUCGUACUGUGAAAAUCGGUGAUUUCGGUUUGGCUACAGUGAAAAGUCGUUGGUGGAAUACUGGCUUUCAACAGCCUACUGGAUCCAUAUUUUGGAUGGCUCCUGAAGUUAUACGUAUGGAGGGUGAAACACCGUAUACAAAUCUUUCUGAUGUUUAUGCCUUCGGUGUAGUUCUCUACGAAUUGAUCACAGGUCAACUACCCUAUUCACAUUAUAAUAAUCGUGAUCAAAUUCUAUUUCUUGUCGGUCGUGGUCUACUGAAACCAGAUACAAGUGCUUGUCGAGCGGAUAUUCCACAUCAACUUCAACACUUAUCUAUGAGUUGUUGUAGUUUUGAACGCGAAAAGAGACCGCCAUUUUCACAGAUCUAUCCAUGCUUAGAUUCAUUGUAUCGAUCUUUACCAAAACUGCACAAGUGUUCCUCUGAGCCAAAUGUCAAUGGUGCUGUUCGUAUAGCUGCUGCUAAUGCUGCCGCCAGUGCAGUAGCUCCAGGUGCAACUGGUACUUCCGGUGGUAGCGGUGCUGUUGGCGGUGCCGGUGGCGAUGUCAUCAUCACAUGCGCUGACCGUGCUGACGAAAAUGACGAAGGUGUUGAGAUGACGGCGGCGACGAAGACCACGCUGUCGACAUCUAUUACACCAAUGAAAUCAGCGUCGGAUUGUUGUUAUGUCGGCUUGUCAUCACCAAGGACACCAUACAAUGCUACAGCAACGUUCACAGAAGAUUUCUUUUUUGCUGUGAACACCACCACUACGACCACCACCCCUAUCACUAAUAAUAAUACAAAGCUGAUUUCAACACCAGUUUCUGUUAGUACAAAUUCCAGUGGAACUAAUGACAUUCCAUCAUCAUCAUCACAUGACAAUCAUGCUAACGAUGUUGUUGUUACUGUUGCUCGCAGUGAUGCUGUUAAUGAUGGGGAACAGGACAACACCGAUCGGGUUAUCCCAGCCACUGAUACUGCUACUGUUCCGAGUAAUGGUGAGACUACGAUACCGAUUACUCCAACUGUAACUACAACGCCAUCUCCAUCACCACCGCCAGCAGCCAAUGUGAACAAACGUACCAUUGUGAUUAUCAAUGAAACCGUGUGAAAUCUGAUCCACAAUCAUCAUCAUCAUCAGUUUCAGCCCUUUGAAUUCUGUGAUCCGAUUGAAUUUUCUUCUUUCAUUCCUUAUGCCGACGACUGUCAUCGUUUUUGUGUGUGCUUUUUGUACAGUUCUUCAGAGAAUGCUAAUAGUAAUAAUAAUAAUGAUUUGUCGAAUUUUAGGCCGUGACAAGUGAAUCUUUUUAAUGCUCUCUAGGGUUCAUGAUUGUUAUUAUUAUUAUUGUUAGUGUGUGUUUGUGUGUGUGUGUCGGUGUAUGCGGUCAUGCUUACAUAAUAUGACUUUAUCUCUUGUGAUUUGACUUCUAGUAAUACUGAUUUAUUGAUUUUCUGCUUUCUUUUCUCUAUUGUGAGCAAUAAUCAUCUUCACCAUUGUCGUUGUUGUCCUUGUUAUUUGUGUUUUUCUGUAUGAGUCAGUAUACUACGUGUUGUGAUGUACACACACAAUUGAGAAGUCAGUAAAGAGAUGUCUUUCUUUCUAUUCUUUUUUCGUGUGUGUUUGUGUGUGUGUGAGUGUGCUUCUAACUCAAACUUUGAUCUAGGCACCAUAGUUGGUUAGUAGUA